GAGGUGGAAAGCUUCUUAAGUCAGAAAGAAAUUCCCAGGGAACGCUUCCCAAAGAAAAAUGGGCACCACGGGAAAAGUUAUUAAGUGCAAAGCAGCCAUUGCCUGGGAAGUAAACAAGCCCCUUUGCAUUGAAGAAGUUGAAGUAGCUCCUCCCAAGGCUCAUGAAGUUCGAAUUCAGGUGAUUGCCACCUCUGUAUGCCAUACUGAUGCCUACACCAUCAAUCCUAAAUUUAAGGAAGCUCUUUUCCCAGUGAUCCUUGGCCAUGAAUGUGCAGGAAUUGUGGAAAGUAUUGGGCCAGGAGUGAACAAUGUCAAACCAGGUGACAAGGUAAUUCCAUUCUUUGCACCUCAAUGUAAAAAAUGCAAGUUCUGUCUGAGUCCACACACAAAUCUUUGUGGAAAAAUCCGUAAUUUUAAAACUCCUAAUAUUGAUCAAGAAGUAAUGGAAGAUAAAACCAGCAGAUUUACCUGCAGGGGGAAACCAGUUUACCAUUUCAUGGGUGUCAGUUCAUUCUCUCAGUACACUGUGGUGUCCGAUGUCAAUGUUGCCAAAAUAGAUGAUGAUGCAAAUUUAGAGAGAGUUUGUCUGAUUGGAUGUGGAUUUUCAUCUGGCUAUGGGGCUGCAAUCAACACUGCCAAGGUCACCCCUGGUUCUACUUGUGCUAUCUUUGGCCUAGGAGGGGUAGGUCUCUCUGCUGUAAUUGGCUGUAAAAUAGCAGGAGCUUCCAGAAUCAUAGGUAUUGACAUCAACAGUGAGAAGUUUACAAAGGCCAAAGCACUGGGAGCCACUGACUGUCUUAACCCUCAAGACCUAGAUAAACCCAUCCAGGAAGUAAUUGUUGAAUUAACCAGUGGAGGUGUGGAUUUUGCCCUUGAAUGUGCAGGUGGAUAUGAAUCCAUGAGAGCAGCCCUGGACUGCACAACAGUAGGAUGGGGUUCAUGUACUGUUGUUGGAGUAAAGCCUGGAGAUAAAGAUUUAGAUGUUUCUCCAGUGGACCUAAUAGUGGGCCGUACUAUGAAUGGAACAUUCUUUGGUGGUUGGAAAAGUGUAGAUUCUGUCCCAAAGCUGGUAAGUGACUACAAGAAUAAGAAAUUUGAUCUGGAUGCAUUGGUGACCCAUAACCUGCCUUUUGAUAAAGUCAAUGAGGCAUUUGACCUAAUGGAACAAGGAAAAAGCAUCCGAACAAUCCUGACCUUUUGAAGAUGCCAGGAGCAAUUUGGAAUAUCUGAUUGA